AUGUCUCCACGCAAAGCUAUGAAGUUCUUCGAUGAUGAGCAAGAAGAAUGGCUCAAAACCAAGGUCGACGGCUUCGAGCAAUCAAUGGGCAAAGAAAUCGAGCGCAAACUCUGGUAUGCGACGCUACGUAAGGAGUGGAGUGAUAGGUGGGAUCUCAAACCAGAACAGCUCCAUAUGUUUCCCACCUACUUCAGAAAUGCCCUCCUCAAACGCGGCACCUAUAAAGUAACAAAGCCCAGGAACCAAACUCGAACUCGUCGCAAGGCGUUUCGCACUAGAUCUUCAGCUUCAGCCCUGAAGCUGAAGGACGAGAAACGCGGCUCCUCUCGGGUCACAGAACCUGCCGCCCGCUCUCGUACGCGUCGCUCUGGUGCCCGCACCAGAGCUGAGGUCCGAGAGCUUCGUUCACUACUGGCACCCACUUCUCGCCAUCAAUACAAACGAACUUUAUCUUCUCGGGGCGACGAGGGCUUAGCACCUCCUUCGGCUGCCUUGUCGUCCUCUGGUACUCCAAACAUUGCCCUCGAUGACGAAAUGAUAGACCAACUUGCCUCAGACGACGAAAUGAUAGACCAACUUGCCUCAGACGACGAAAUGAUAGACCAGCUUGCCUCAGACGACGAAAUGAUAGACCAGCUUGCCUCAGGCGACGAAAUGAUAGACCAGCUUGCCUCAGGCGACGAAAUGAUAGACCAGCUUGCCUCAGACGACGACGGGAACACUCUCUUGACGCAAACUCCAUGCGUUCGGCAAUACGACAUCCAAGAUACUUCAACUUCAUUGCUAGAAAUCGAUAUGCCUGGCGUCAGCGCUAAUGAUGUCUCCCUUCUUCUUGACGAUGGGCGCCUUGUCGUGCAUGGGCGCACCGAGUUCAGGGGUCGUGUUUGGAGCUACCAAUGGGAGGGCCAUGUCGACUCAUCUAUUCCUGCCGAACACUUUCAGUGUGGUAUGCAGUACGGCAGGCUGGGCGUAGCAUGGCUAGAAUCUUCGCAGCCAGAGGACCAGUUGCCAAACACAUCCCACCACUUACUCACUGUCGAAAGAAACUGGCCUUGGCAAUGA